AUGUAUGUCGCACUGGUUGUUCUUUGCUCCGGCCUGCUCCAUGCGACGUCUAUUGGGAAAAAACAGGUUCGAAAGCUCUGGUGCGACUACAGCGAGGCCAAGAGUGGCAUUGAAAGCCCCUAUAGCAGCUCAACUACUAGCGCAGAGAGUAGGGCAGGAGACGACUAUGAUGCGGGCGCGUCAGCAUUCCCGCCCUCGUUGUCCAGCGCUGGCUCGAUAGCAGCAGGUCAGGGGCCGGCGCGAGCCCUCCGCGCCUUCGUAGAUGCGGUGGAUUUGACCGAUGCUAGACAAGCUACUGUUCUCCAAAACCUGGUGAGUCUUGACUCGCGUGUGAUCAUGAACCAAGAUGCCUUGCCAGUGGAUGACGUUGGUCAGGGGGAGCUAGUGUCCACGUUGAUAGAGCUAGCGAGGGGCGUGGUGGGAGCAGACGAUGCGUGUGGGGGGUCAAUUCCGCUCUCCGUGACAGCUGGCGAUGUGGCUCUCGCGGAGAAGUCCUUGACGGUGGCGCAGACGUGUCUCGCCGGAACAACCACCACAAGACAGCCGACAGAAUGGAAGGAGCACCUGAGACAUCUGGUGGCGAUACUCGCCGCUGAAGAGGGCGCUCCCGACGGCCAGAUGCUUGUGCCCUUGGACACGGACAUGUGCCGCAGGAUGCUAGACGUGAAGGCUGCCGCUCUGGGAGUGUUAAAGCUGGUGGCGACUGACCAUGAAAAGGUGGUGGAACUCGGGAUCUACGGAGGCUUCCAGAUCAUAGCACACCUGGCUCUUCCGAGGGGCUCGCUGCUGCGGCCUCAGGCGGUGGAACUUCUCGCCUCUUUUCUCGCCAUGCCCCGGCCCGAUCCCGAAUCUGUGCCACGUCAAGAGCCAAGGGGGAAAACAGGCCGGUGGGUUGGUCGUUUUGGAGGCGGCGGCGGCGGAGGUGCUAGUCGUAGUCCCCGCUUUGGCGGCGACUGCUGCGGGGAAGGGGAAGACAAGGGCGGGAUGGCGGCCUCGUCGUCUUCUUUCGCAGACGCCGCGAGUUUCGUCUUGAGCGGUGCCCAAGGUUUCCCCCCAGGGCAACUGCCGAUGGCGGUUCUACCCCAGUCUCUGCUGGAAGAGGCCUCGCUAAUAUCGGCGCUCGAAGCACAUCGGACUGCGCUAUGGGAUGAUCCUUGUCCUUCCGUCGCUGGCUCUAGUUGCAACUCAGGCGACGCUGGGGAGGGGGUGUGCAGCGGCGAUGGUGAUGGGCCAGCCGAGCCGGAAAAAGGACAAGCGGGUGUCGCUGACCCCGGCGAUGUCGCGGGGAUGAUGCUUGCGGGUGGCGUGCUUGCAAUUCUCGCCGACGUUAUCGCGCCGUGUCGAGCCGAGGGAGCUUCAGGCGGAGACAUUCACGCCACCGAGUCGGGAGCGGAGAGCAGCUUGAACGCGCUCGACAGCGAGAGCUUGCGUCUCGAGGCUCUCGAAGCCGCCGUCGCAAUGGUGGAAGGGCGGCCGAACGCACAGAGGGACUUCGUUCGGCUGGGCGGGCACUCCCGCAUCUGUAGCCUGGUCCACGAUGUGGCGGAGAGGGGGAAGCAGAGCGCCCUGCACCUGCCGGCUGACUCGACCGCGGAGAGCAGCAGCCGACGCAGCCGUAGCUGGAGCAAGCCUCGCUCGGACACCUCCCCGCGGGGGGAAGGACAGCCUGUGGGAGAGCUGCGGACUCUCGACGCCGCGUUCGACUCGGUGUUUCGGCUCGCGCUCGACGGCCAUACCGUCGCCCCCGGCGCGCGCGCGGACGGCGUGGACACGGUGAGGUUGCUGCUCGCUCUCGCCGCCCGGUCGCCCUCGCUGGCGGUGGCCCUGCGGGCCGCCCGCAGCCUCCAGGCGCUGCUGCACGUGCGCCCGAUGAACGCGGUUUCCCUCGAGCAGCAAGACGCCCUUCAGAUAGCCGCAGACGCCGUCGCAAAGCUUGCCUUUUCCGACGGCGGCGACGGUGGUGGCCCGUGCUUUGGCAAGGCCAGGGGGGAGGACGCGUUGUUCGGCCUCGACGGGGAGGUGGUUGUCGCGGAGCGCCUGGCGUGGUCCGUGGACGAGAAGCGGGCGGCGCUGUCCUCAAUGAACGACGUGGUUCGCGUGUUGGCGGCGGUGUACAGCCGACGGGACGCCCGAGCGCUGGAACGGUACGCCAGAAUACUCCUGGCCUCAUCCACGGCUCGGCUUGGUUGCGAUGAUGCGUCUCUGCCCGGAGGCACCGAAACGCAGCGGCGGCGGCGGCGCUUAUCGCAAGGGUGCAGAGCAGCAACAGCAGCAGCAGCAGCAGCAGCAGCCCCUGGCAGAACUCGCGAUGCCGGGGCUCCACUUGCACGGACGAGCGGGGAGAGUCAUGCCCACGUUGCGGCGAGGACUACGUGCGAGAAGCGGAAAAGCGGUGUCCAGGGUACCCCUCCUCCUCCUUCCCCUCCCCGAGUAGACCCGGAUUGGGCGGUGGAAGCAGGGAAGGCGUUGAUGAAGGCGAUAGCGGUAAUGCUGGACGACCGCGAGUCUUUCGGCCUCCCGUCCACACCGGACAGAAAAAGUGGUUGCGGAGGCGAGCAGGCCGAGAAGAAGGACGACACCACUGUCCUGGCCGGCAUGCUACAGAUCGUGCAGGAUGAGCUGCUGGAGCCGCUGCACCCACGCCCAGGCUCCGGCGCUGCUGUCAACGACACCGGGAGCGCCGACCGAUUGGCGGCGGCGGCGGAUCGUCCACAUGCCGCUGGAGAAUCUUGCCGGUCGGGUUGGACGGAAGGGUGGCUUCUGGGCGCCCUCGAGAUCGUGGCCAGGUUGGUGGUUAGGGGCGACAGCAGCACCGUGGAGGCGCUUGGGACUGCUGGGGGCUGGGGGCUCCUGGCGCACAUAGCCCGCCUCCCGUCGCCCCCGGCACACCUGCACGAGCGCUCGCCUUCGGCAGCGGCGGAGGGCCACGGCACCAACCUUAGCGGCUAUGGCCCGGGAAGCGCACAAGGGGGGGGGGGUGACGGUGAACAUUCGAGCGGCCGCCUGCUGUCGGAGGCAUGGGUCGGAUGGGUCGGGGCACGUCGUUUGGCGCUGUGGAUCAUUCGGGAGGCCCUGCUGACUGGGACGGCGGGACAGUGCCGCGGCAGCAUCGGCAGUGCGGGUGGCACGACCCUCCUCGUACAGCCGGCGAGGUGGCUUGUGUGGCUCGUGCGAGACUUGAUGAAGCCGACCCCGCCGCCCUGUGGGGAUGAUCAUCCCGCGGGAGGUUGCUCAGCAGGCCAGACAAGGGAUCAGGUCCUGAUGAGGCUAGUCAUCUUGAAUGAGCUACGCCUGGCGAUCGGAUCUUUCGGACCGUGCGAGGUGGUGAUGGAAGGUUGCACAAGAGUGCUCCCGCUCGUAGCUCUCCGGGCCGCGCAACCGAAUACACCGGUGGCAGGAGGGGUUGGUUUGGGAGGUGAUAACGAGGAGGUCGGAGGCAGGACAGGCGUGUCGCCGAACAGACAUCCUCAGGCGCGCAUGGGAGCGGCCAAUGUCAAGGUGGUUGGCCGGCUGGCUGGAGACCAGCGCGGAGUCGUGUUAGACUCCCUUGUGUCGGAGGGUGUGAUGGAGGUUCUGCUGGCCACCGUUAAGGAGAACGCAUCCUCCUUUUCACCGGGGUCGCGAACGGCCGAGUCGGGCUUGGCCCUGCUGCUCCUCGCCGACCUGGCUGCGGGAAGUGAAGCGGCGAAGGCGCGCUUGGGUUCAACCCUAGGCUACGACACCCUCGCCAAGGCCGCCCACGGCGCUGGCGUGGCGAUCCAAGCGCACCAGUUUUCUCUCUGGCUGGAGGCGUCUUUGCGGCGGUUGGGCGGGGUCACGUCACGACUUCCUCCGCCGUUCGAGUGCGUCGUAACAAACCCGGAUGAUGCUUUGGCUUCAUCCGACGUAUCGCCGACGCUGAAGGUCGCCCGGUUCGGAGUCGGGCAAGCGAGCAGCACGGGGCAAGAAUCCGGUGGUGCGAGAGGGAAGGCGUGGUUGGGUGAGGAGAGCGGCGAACGCGGGCGGGGAGAGUCUAGGGAUUCCGGGAGACGGCGGGGAUGGAGGCGGCGUAGUCCCAGUAGACGAGGGGGGUCGAAGGACGGUAUAGCGUGGGUGCCUCGCUCCCUGCCAAGGCUGUCUCACUCUGUGGUGGGCAGCAGAGCGGAGAGUAGCGCGGAGGGGGCUUCUGAGGCGCACCACAUGUUCGACGAGCUCUGGCUUCCUCCAGGACUCGUCACGCUAGCACAAGACGUCCUCCUCAUCAACAGGGCGCGCGGUGGGGUCGUGGUGCGAGAGGAGGAGCGGUACUUCAUCGCCCAGCCCAGGGGCGCGCCACCCGGCGGAAGCGGAAGCGGAAGCGUCACCUCGUCGGACCUGGGACACCCGCUGUGGAAGCCGGCGGCGACGAAGUUUCGCGGGCUCGAGGCCGCCGUGUUUCCGUUCCUGCUCUUGCCGCUGGUCCCCUCCGAGCAUCAGCCCCAGGCCGUGGCACAGCUGUCCCGCCUUCUCGACGCGAACCCGGCCAACGCGGCGGCGCUGUGCCAUCUGCGGGUGCCCCUCGCGCUUCUCAAGCUGGGAUGCCGACUCCCCGAGCGGAAGAAGCAGGCGCGGGACCUGUACUUUCACCUGUCGGCCCAGCUCAUGUCCCACCACAUCUCCCCGGCGGACGCUCUGGAGCUGUUCCAUCUGGCCAGCCUUCAGCCGUCGGCGUGGGCGCGCCUAGGACGGCUUAGAGUCACGUCCGGCGCUGACUUGAUCUCGGCGCGGCACGCGGUGGGGGUGGGUGGCUUGGCGGCGGCAGAGGACGGGGCCCCCGAAAUUGUGGACGAGGUUCGCGUGGAGCACGGGGUGGUCAUGCCUCCCCACGCGGACGAGCUCCAGAUGCAGCUCCUGUGCGUGAUCGGCACGGUCGUCGACUCGCCCGCCCCGGCGUGGUUCUUCCACAUGGACGGGGCAGGCGGGAGCGGCCUGGUCUCGGAGCCGCUUGUCCGCUUCCCGCCCAAGAGGGUGGGGUACUCCCUGUCGAUGUGGCUGCGGCCGUCCGGCUUUUCGAGCGGGGAAACCGCUCUGCUGUCCGUCUGCGGACGAAAGAACGACGGCGCGUCGAGGACGUUGCUCCGCGUGUCUCUUCGGAGGUGCCUGGGGCCCGGGGGUAGCGCGGUGGCGGCGGCGGGGGCGGUCGCGGCGGCCGGGAUCGGGGCUAGCUUGGACGACGACGGCGACCUAGGGGCGGCUUCGGACGACGCCUGCGCGAAGCUGCAGGUGCACGCAAGCGUGGAGCAAGCAUGCUCGGGUCAGCAGCCGAGCGGGCCAUCUUCUUCUUCGGGCCAAGCGAUGGAUGGCGGCGGCGGCGGUGGCGGCGCUGCUACUGCGGUUGCGUCGGCUCUCGUGGCCGACCCUGACGUGCGCUGUGGUAGCUGGCAGUACCUCGUCCUCACGCACUCGAUCUCGUCUGAUGCGGCCGGAGGAGGCGGCGGCGGCGGCGGCGGCGGCGGCAGCAGAGACCAGUGGAUGGACGGCAGCAUCACCGUCUACGUGGACGGGGAGAGGCGAACGCUCAUGACCGAGAGCGCCGCUGCCGCCACCGCGGGCGGGGGCGGCAAGAGCAACAGGCGCACCGAGAAGCCGGCGGCGGGCGGCUCGGGGUCCGUGUCCGUGAGCGUGGGGUGCUGGGAAGAGCCAUCCGGCGGUGGUUGCCAGCAGGAGUCGUCGACGGCAUCACCGCCCGCGCUGGAUGCCGCCGGGCUGGUGAACGGCGCACCCGCCGCGGCGCGCUUCAGCGGCCAGAUCGCCACCGUUGCGCUCGUGGAGGGCGCGUGGAGCCCGGAAACGGCGAAGGCGUCCUUCCUUCGGGGACCGGGGGCCCCGCCGCCGGGAAAGCGCAUCAUCUUCGCCAGCCCCGGCAGCCUUCCCCCGACGCCUUUCCUCGAUCCGGUAGAAGCAGCGCCUUCGGCUCCUGUGGUAGGGGAGGGUGGCAGCGGCAGCGGUCUCGACACGAAGUCGAUCGAACUACAGCCGGCCGUAGGAGGUGACGCUCCUGAGUCAGGAGCGAGGGAGCUCGCCGAAGACCAGAGCGGUAGUGGUGGUCAGGCGACAGCAGCCGUGCGGCGGGAAUCAAGCGCCUGCACCGCUCCGUUCUCCGGCGUGCCUCCGAAGACGGGGGCUCCGCCAAGAGACCCAACGCCGCCUGCGGGUGGUCAAUCCCCACCGUUCUUAGCCGGAGACCCCCCGCGGAUGAUGUUACCGCUGCUUUCGGAUGCGGCGGCGCCCCCACCGCGGCUGUCCGUGAACCUCGCCCCCGUCCGCAAGGCGAUCGACGUGAAGUAUGGCGUCGCCCCGCCGGACGAACCGCCCGCAGCGGGAGGGACGGUGUUCACUACCGAAGCGGUGGCAGAGCGUAGGGCCACCGGGGAAAGAACCGGCGGGACUUGUUCGGUGGGCAGGGAGGCCGCGGCGGGGGGCGCGGUUCCGUUGUCGGAUUCGGUUGCGUUGACGGUGAAUAGCCUCGCGGUGGCGGCGGGCUGCGGGGGCAAGGAUAAGGACUCGGCAUGCGACGUUCGGGUUUCGUUCAGGCUUGCCGCGGGCGGCGGGACUGGAGUGUACGCGACUACUCCCUUGCACGCCGCGGUACAGGCGGCCGGAGGCUUCCGCCUGUGCCUCCCCUUUCUUCGGAUGGACCACGCUCGCCAGGUGGCGGCGCUGAGAGUUCUAGCGGGCUUGCUGGAGGCGUCGGCUGAGGGAAUGGACGCCUUUCGGGUCCGUGACGGUUUCAAUGUGCUUUACCACGCACUUGCUCAAGGACACGAAGCCCUGCAACAGCUGUCGAUGGACACCUUCGCGACGCUGUUCGAGCUCAUGACGAGCGAGGCGCUCCAGGGAGCCCUGGACGUGUCCGCCUCCAACCUCUCCCCCGUAGCCCUGCUCGACGCUGCGGGGAGAACGGCCGACGACGCGAGGGCAACCUACCUGGCCAACGGCUGCACCAGCGCGAAGCCUGUCCGGUCGCCGGAGUCGCUACGGCUCGUUGUCGACCUGCUGGGCCACUGCGAGCGCAAGCCCGACCUGCAGGCGAGGGUGAUGGAGGCGCUCGUGGACGCGCUCGAUGGCAGCGCUGCGGGGAUACAGGUCUGGAGAAGGGCGUUCAACGAAUCAUCGGCGUUCGCGCCCCUGCUGUACCUCCUGUCCCCGCCCGCGUUCGCCGCUUCCGACGCGACCUCUGCCACACGCCCGACCCUCGAUGCCGCGCUGGGUGGCAACGUUGCCGCCGGCGGCCUGGCGGUGUCGAGGAGGUCGGCAUCGUUUUCUAUGCCAUCGUCGGGGCCGGUGGGGAUCGCUACGGUAGCCCGUGAGGAUCAGAGCGGGGGGGGCGGCGGCGGCUUCAAGUUGAAGAGUGUGUUCACCGGAGAGAGGCCGGCGGUGGCGGCAGGGUCGGCCGCGCGGACCCAGGCGGCGCGCAUGGUGCAGGUUCUCAUCGCGGGAUCGGCGGCGGUAGCGCCCGUCGUGCGACCACAGGCGAGUUGAUCUUGUCCAGUAACGGUGGAAUUAGUGCACGUGUGGAAGUGAGAGAGGUGCCACAGGGGUACUAAGCUUGGUUUUAGCUAAGGCUUACCGUUAGGGUUGCGAACCCUCCCUCUCUGUUCAGCGCAAUGUCCUCGGGAAGGCAUUCAUUCCAUCCUCAGCAACCCCUCCCCCCCCUACGUAAAACACGCCACCAGAUAUAGCCCCCGUAGUAUGCGCUAUCAAAGACGCGUGACGCAUGGAUGCGUGGAGUGAGGAUUGCUUACGGAAACCUCACAGGUUGAGUGAUGUAGGAGAUUGCCGGACACAUAGACGUGUUGAGUGAUUAUAGCUGUAUACUGAAACCCCACGGAAAGGGGAGGUUUGAGAUUGCCAGACACAUAGACGGGUUGCGUGGGGAUAGCUGCUGGAACCCCACGGGUUGAGUGAUGUUGGAGUGCCGGACACAUAGACGCGUUGAAUGAGGAUAGACACAUAUUGAACCUCACAG